GGGUGAGGAAUCAUUGGUACGCUACCUCACAACAGGACAACAACUUGGGCUGCUUGCCACCAAAGUUGUACAGGUCUAACUCGAGCGUCUUCGCGUAUCUCCACAACCUCAUCAAGAUGUUUUCGAUCAGGACCGUUCUGUUCCUUAGCUGUGCCGCCCUGGCCAUGGCGCAUCCUACGUUCUUCCAGUUUCGCACGCCUGAGGGGGGCGGGGAGCAAGCCGAGGCGGAGCAACCGUUGAUGGCUGGGCCGGCCGGGCCGUACCCGAUGAACCAGGUGGCAGGGCAGCAAGUAGCCUCCCCGUCCUACGACUACGGAGGCGGUGACGCCGGGGCCGGUGGCACCACGGAAACAGAGUCCAACGAGUCCAACGAUGGGGAUACCGGGGCAGCCGGCUCGAUUGGCGGUGGCGAGAUCGACGGUGACACGGCAGACAACGAGGCCGGGGAGAUGGAAGGAGGUAACGCAGCCGAGAACGCCGCAGCGGACAGUCCGGAUGUCGUGCAAGCCGGGGGAGCAUCCGGCGCUGCCUCUCCCAACAGCCUCGACGGUGGGCCAGGCCUCGCCAAGAGGGAAGCAAAGUCCUCAGCUGGUCAGCAAGCCGGUAUUGCUGUGGGAGUCAUAGCCACGGUUGGUCUAGCUGCAGGGAUUGGCUACUUCGUCUACAGGAAGAGAAGGGCAGCCGCAUACGGCGCACGCUUCUGAACAUUUUAUAAAAGUACAUCUCCUUAAAAAAAAACUCUGUCUAUUAAAAGAAGCAAUAACUGAUUGCUUCGUUUUCCAUAUCUUUAAGGGUCUGUAUGUUGAUAUGUCCCGCAAUAGUCACACCGCCAUUUUGUUGCCACACGGCACAUGCACACAUUUCAAAUUGAUUGCGACUGCUUAAUGUAGGUUUGACUAUUGGUCUUUUUGGUGAUGGUGAAAAACAAGUGUCAAGUCAAUGACACACGAGGUCCAUUUUUCCUUAGGUAAUUUAAUUUUCUCUAAAGGUGUCGAAACGGUGAGAAUUUCUUUACAGACACCUGGUUUCUACUUUUAUCCGUUUGAGAACUAACAAUUAAAACAGACUGCUAGUCGAAUACAUCAGAAGAAAAGCAACUCCUUAUUUUGGCUCAAAAUUUGUUAGGUUUGAAGAGAUCAAACUAAUCGCGAAAUCUUGACUGGAACGGGAUAGUACCUAAAUCCAAUUUCCUCAAAUUACAGCGAGUGAAACGACUGCAUUGAUUUAAUUGACCCCUAUAUGGUUAUAUUUUUAGAACGAUGAAUGCAGAGUCAUUAUUUCCCUUUGCGCAUGCGCCGUGACCUGGUCCCUGGAACUCUGGUAUUUAGUAAUGACGCUUAAGAAGUCGAGCAAAUCACUGUCCACAUUUUCUUCUAUUUACAUGCAGCAUUUCCCAAAAGAGAACUUGUUAUUAUGAAUGUAGGGACGAAGCCUUAACCCAUUAUUUUUAUUUCUCAUUACUUGUUCGGAGAGCACGCCCUCUAUCAAGAUCAACUUUUUAUAAAGGCAAUCUAUACAGAAAAAUUGUUCCAUAUUUUGAGUGGGAAAUUAUUGAACUUGGGUUUUAUAUUACUGUUUUAUUGUUAUUGGUUUUAAAGAUUUUAUUCAUUGAAACAAUGUGUGUAAAAUAUUUGUGAAGUUAUUGUAAAAACUUAUUGUGUCAAACUUUUAUUUGUACAUACAUUGAAGAUGCUGUUCGCAAUGUUACGCGGCAGCUUGAUAUCAAACGGGCGAUUCAGCCUCCAACGAAACAAUCCUGAAAUAAUAUAGAAAGUAGUUUAGAUCAAAUGCAAAAUUUUAGGGAAAAAUAGGCUAUGCAGAGAAUUAAGCAUGUAUGCUAUUAAGAUUGCUGUUAAAAAG